UACUUCGUUCUCAUUCACCUCAUCUUUAGUAAUCUCGUUACACAAUUCUCUUUGUUUCGUUCUAAAUAAUGGCACUUUGCCACAGAGAGGAAUUCUGGCUUGAUCCGAGUUACCCGCGCAUUUCUACUCAAGACGCUCUCGACGAAGCAUGGCGUUUGAUUGCAGAGGACGAGGAGGAAGAAGAAGGAGAAUCCAACGUUCAUGUCAACGUAGAUUCUGGUUCCUCCAAGAAUGAUGCUGCAAUACUUGCAAAAUCGAAGUCCAAAAUUCGCAGUGGCUUACAGAAGGUGGCGAAACAGCUCGUUUCGCCUGGUUCGGGUUUGGGUUUGGUUAGCUCUCUCUUGAGACUCGGGAGGUCAAGGAAAUCAAACAACAAUGGUGCUUCUUCUUCUUCAGGUUCUUCAUCUUCCGCAACUGAGUGUCCCCAGUCCUCUGCCUGUCAGGAGUUGGCUUCUGCAGACUACGUAGUUCCGCAUGAAACCAAGCGUUUGUUUCGUGAUUCUGCAGCUUCUGCAUCCAGCUCAUCGACAGGUACCUCUGAUGAAGCCAGCACUGAGGAAUCCUCAUUCGAAGCGGAUUCAUCAACUUCGUCAGUGGCUGCAGCACCUCCGGAAAAGACAGUUCGUCACACCGUCGUCUCCCCUCCUAUACAAGACUUCCUGACGAUGGAGCCCAACCUCCCCGUCGUCUUCUCCGUCGUUCCCAAAGUGGGCAAGGUGGAGCAGCGAUUCUUGGCUAGUUUCAUGAAGAGAAAGAAGGAACCCAAAAAGAGCACUCCAUUGCCAGUAGCGUUAUGUUUUCCAGUUCUAUGGCCUUAGCUAGAGAUAGAGGAAGCGCAUUGAAAUUUUGGUCAAUCCAAGUAGAUAUAGUUAGGUGUUACACAUACGUAAAUGUUUAUUUUCUCCCUCUAAUAUGGAUGAAUUGUUUAAUGCUUUCGCAGCAUUGUACAAUACGUAUUCUGGAAAUCAACGAGCAAAAUACAU